AUGGGUUCAAACUGGAAUAGAUUCCAUACAUCUGUGAACCAACUACGGUCCAGCUGCAACUGUACAACAGAUGUGUUUGAUUCAUUGAAUAGUUAUUAUGAUUUAGCAUACCAGUCAGACGAUCAAAACAGGUUCAGCAAACCAAUGCUCUGGAUUGGGUACUAUAUCGUGUUAGCAUCUCUGUUUUGCAUCCUUCCAAUGGUGGCUGAUUUAUUACAUGGUUUACGAAAUAGAAAACUAUGGUUCCCAUGCAAAUAUUUCACUCUGAAUGCUGCUACUCUGUCUGUGAUAGCUGUUGCAAUGAAGCUACCCAUGGAUCUCAACAAUCCAAUGCCAGGUCAUGCGGACCAGGCUGCCAAGCUUGGAAGCAUGGCGUUUAUGUGCACCAUAAUGGCUAAUUUAUUGCCUUCUCUAUCAACCAUGGACAGCAAGGAACUUCUCACAAACAUCAUAGCUUUGGGCGUUCUCGUAAUCACCUUGGUGGUGAAUGUUUACAUUCAAAUAACUACUGGUCUUGUUUCGUAUACUAGGGUUCUUCAUGAUGGUCUUGCUUAUGACGAUGGUAAAAACAUUUAUAGUAAGAGGACAGCCAUCGUUUAUGUGGUUAUGUUAAUCAUGUUGCUGAUAAUACACACAUGUUCAUGCUUAGCGAUUCUAAAGUCCAAACAGAUACUAGAAUCCAAAUAUCAAUUUCGUCAUCAAACAGCUUUAAAGGACCAAGAGCUUCAACAAACAAGAAGAUUAACUAUUGAGAGGUUAAAGCAGCAUGUGAGGAACUACUGGAUCAUGUCAACAACCGGCAGUCCUCAAUUUAUGACAGCUUGCUCUGCUACAACCUCUGCUUCUGGGGUGAUAUGUGCUUUAAGCGUUGCCAUGCUUGCUAUUGUGAUACUAACCAUAGGUCCAGACAUGAUGGACUAUCAGUCGGAUUAUAGAUGGUCAAUUUCAGUUAUUCUCAUAACACAAUCUAUUGGAGUUUUGCUGGGUUCGAUUGCCCCAAUUUCUAGAUGUUUUGCAUCGUUGAGCUUUAAGUUGUCCAUAAAAUGGAUUUGGAACCAUAUCAAGGUCUUUAAAGUAGAGAGCUACUGGACUCAGAAGUUAUCUGAUUGGAAACAGAGUAGCGUACCAGUCGCUUUCAGUGGCCACAAAUGCAAGGUUAUCAUCCAGAAGUUGAAAACCCUGACUCUCAGCUUUUGUAUAGGAUUUCAGAAGGCAGUUGUAGUAGCAUGCAAGAUGAUGGGGCUGGUCCCGAUUUUCAUUGUGAUCUGGGUCUUGUAUUGUUCCCAUUGUUGGAAGUGGUUAAAGGCCAAGUUUAGUGCCUCGGAUAUUCUGUUGGUAAAAAGGCCAGAACACAAUAAAGAUCUUAUCCAGUAUGUUUUGCAACUCCAAGACGACAUGGAGCUUGCUGAGAGAACAUUAAAAGGCAUUUCAAAAUCUGUGAAUUGCUUCAUUCAAAGGGCUGAAAAACGACAACCCAACCAUCUUAUGAAGCUUCUAGAAAAAUCUAGAGGUUUUGAAGGAGUUGAAAAGUAUAACAGCGAUCUUGUUCCACCUUUACUUGCUCAAGAAUUCAUGGAUUGUUGGAGCUUACCAUUGGUAACCCUCACAACCAUCGCCAUUUCUCUACCUAAUAUCCAAAACGACAUGCUUGAGAACUUGCUAAGCAGUGUGAGUGAGGGUCUUGUAUAUGUCAAACUUGUGGAAAAAAACCUCAAUGCUACUGAAGACUAUGAAAGCAUUCAAAAGGCGGCUAAAACAUUGUGGCUWGAGGUUGAAGUCUAUCACAGGUGGUUUGGAAACAGGUUGCAGAAACCUGUACCUCAAGUGAAUACAGCCGAAAAGAUUCUUCAAUGGUUCAGGGAUACAGCUAAAAACCUGGUCACCGAAGUGGAACAGAAGGAUAUGGGAGGCAGAAAUGACGAUUCCAUGUGCAGGUGUAUUUCUGCCAAUUCAAUGUAUCGUAUCACCGAGACAAUUCUGCUUUCCUACCAUGCAAACACUAAUGAGGUUAGCCAAGAGGAACUAUUUGAGAAAUUAUCCUCAAUGAUAGCGGACAUACUGGCUGCUUGCCUCACCAACUUACCUCGACUCAUAGCAAUAAAAUGCCACACAAGUGCAAUAGAGAAAAGGGAAGCAAGUGUGCAUGCUGCAGCCCAACUUCUGGGUGAGACUAUGCAGAUAAUCAAUAGUCUCGAAGAUCGUGAACUUCCAAGCUUGAAUCCAGAUGAGUUGGGUUUUAUUGUCAAGUGGAGUGCUUAUUUAAAGCAUCAUUUUCCUUAA